AUGGCAGAGUCAUACUCCUUGUCUUUCCACACUAUUGGUGGAGUCAAAAACCCCGCAGGACAACUGGAUACUGGCUACGCCAUGCAAAGAACAAUUAUGAUAAUAACUAUUCCAAUUUGUGCUUUAGGAUUACUUGGCAAUGGAAUUGUCUUCUGGCUUCUUUGGAACAGGAUUCAGAAAACUAACUUCACUGUGUAUUUCCUGAAUAUGGCAGUUGCUGAUCUUACUGUACUCUCCUACUAUGUAACAGCUUUCGUUUUGUUUUUGAAAUCUGUUCCGAUCAGCAUAUACCAUUUACAUAUAGUAGAGUUGGUGCAUUCAUUUGGAUUCAAUGCCAGCACCUAUCUGCUUACAGCUAUCGCAGCUGAAAGAUACCUCAUGGUCUUUUUCCCAGUUUGGUAUCAAGCUAGACGGCCAAAGUAUCUCUCUGAAAUUAUGUGCACCGUUUUAUGGGGUCUGUCCGGCCUAAUGUCACUGGUGUUGUAUUGUGCCUGCUAUCUACAAUUUGAGUCCACGGUCAACGAAAAGAAUGCAAGUUGUGAGCCUUCAAGAAUGUUCAGAGUGAUAUUCAACCUCCUGGUUUGUCUUCCCAUCAUGGUCUUUUCCACUUUGAUCCUUCUGAUCAGAAUGCUGAGGACAGAGCAAACGCCUCCGGCAAAGCUGGACAUCACCAUUGUGGCCACAGUUCUCCUCUUUAUUCUGUUUGCUGCUUCCGUGAGGAUCAUUGAUAUCAUGGCACGUUGGGUUCCAACCAUACAUGUACCAGUGCUCUUUUUAAUCUUACAUUUUCUUGAUUCCAUAGACAGCAGUGGAAACCCUUUUGUGUAUCUUUUUGUUGGAUAUACAACAAAAGGAGAGGUUGGCAACAAGCCCAUCCAGACAUAUCUUGAGAGAGCUUUCUUGGAUGAAGGAACUGAGAGUGCUCCAAUGAAUACAGGAAAGGCUGUGACCUGGGCCUCAAACACAAGAUAG